UAGCAUUAAGCCAAACCAGAUAUUUUUGUUACAGAAUUGAGCUACCCUUCACCGUUGCUAAAAAGAUAAACGGUUAUCUCAAUCAAAAUAGCCGCCACAUUUUCUUGGGGUUUCCAGGAACUUGGGAGUGUAUUUGUCCCUCCCAAAUCACUCAUGGAACUGGCUAUUUUGUAUAGACUGCAGUGAAGUAAGAAUUUCAAGAGUCAUAUGGCAGUUGUAGCACCGAUACUGUCCUCGAAUCCCUUACAUUUCCUCCCCAGCUCGUUCGAUCCUCCCUACGAGCUCAUUCACUCCCACCCGUCUCUUGGCCUCCUCUCCAAAUGCAGGAGUUUAGACACUUUUAAGCAAAUCCACUCUCAGUUCAUCAAGUUUGGCCUCCACAACACGCAGUUCGCGCUGAGCAAGCUCGUGGAGUUUUGUGCCGUUAGCCCUCAUGGAGACCUUCCUUAUGCUGUCUCAAUCUUCAACUCCAUCCACAACCCGAAUCAUGUCAUAUAUAACAUGAUGAUCCGUGGAUAUUCGCUGAGCUCUACCCCGAGUUUGUCCCUACAUUAUUAUGCAGACAUGUUGCUCUCUGGUCUUGAGCCGAAUUCUUACACAUUCCCUUUUCUUCUCAAGUCUUGCACGAGGCUCCCGACAGCAGACACGGGGAAGCAGGUACACGGGCAGGUGCUCAAAUUUGGGCUCGUUGAUGAUGUGUACGCACACACUUCGCUUAUCAACAUGUAUGCUCAACAUGGGGAUUUGGAUGAUGCAAGAAUGGUGUUUGAUAAGAGUGAUUACAGAGAUGCAGUGUCGUUUACGGCCUUGAUCACAGGGUAUGCCUCGAGGGGUUAUGUUGACGAAGCUCGUGAGCUGUUUGAUGCUAUCCCUAUCAGAGACGUCGUGUCAUGGAAUGCUAUGAUAGCAGGAUACGCCCAAACCGGCCGAUUUGAUGUGGCUCUGAGCUUAUUUCAUGAGAUGAGGAAACAGAGAGUCAGCCCUAAUGUGAGCACUAUGCUCAGCAUUCUCUCGGCCUGCGCUCAUCAAGGUGAUAUGGAGACGGGAGGCGUGGUUCGUUCUUGGAUUGAGGAACACGGCCACGGUUCAAAUCUGAAGCUUCUCAACGCCAUGAUUGAUAUGUAUGCCAAGUGUGGAGAUCCUGAAAUGGCGCGGAGCAUCUUUGAUUCUGUGCAAGAGAAGGAUCUCAUCUCGUGGAAUGUCAUGAUUGGCGGAUAUGCUCACACGAGCAGGUAUAAGGAUGCGCUGCAAAUGUUCCGUCUGCUACUGCUGAGCAAUGUGGAGCCAAACGACAUCACUUUCUUGAACGUGAUCCCUGCCUGCGCGCACUUGGGCGCGCUCGAUCUUGGCAAGUGGAUACAUACGUAUGUAAAGAAGCAUUACUCGGAGUUCCCCAACGAGACUCUGUGGACGAGCCUCAUCAACAUGUAUGCCAAAUGUGGAGAUAUAGUGGCUGCGAAACAGAUCUUUCGUGGCGUGCAGAGGAAGAGUUUAGCCUGUUGGAACGCGAUGAUUUCAGGUUUAGGUAUGCACGGAGAUGCUGCGGGAGCUAUCGACCUUUUCACGGAGAUGACCAAUGAAGGCCUAAAGCCAGACGACAUCACCUUCGUAGGCGUGCUUUCCGCCUGCUGCCAUGCUGGUUUAGUGGAUCUCGGCCGCGAGUUUUUCAACGCAAUGAUCCGUGACCACGGGAUCUCUCCUCGCCUGCAGCACUACGGGUGCAUGGUCGACCUCCUCGCACGAGCAGGGCUGCUCGACGAGGCAAUGGCGAUGGUGGAAACGAUGGAACACGAGCCGGAUGGAGCGAUUUGGGGAUCCAUCCUCGGAGGGUGUAGGCUCCACAAGAACGUCGAGCUAGGCGAGUACGCCGCUAAAAUUCUCUAUAACCUCGAGCCGGGCAACCCCGGGAACUACGUGGCGCUGUCGAACAUUUACGCGGGGGCCGGGAGGUGGGACGAGGUGGCGAAGAUCCGGACGUACUUGAAUGACGCCGGGCUAAAGAAGGUGCCCGGGUCGACAUCGAUCGAGGUGGACAGCGUGGUGCACGAGUUUCUAGUGAGCGACCGGACGCACCCGAGGAGCGAGGAGGUGUACCGGAUGCUGGACGAGGUGGAGGAGGCGGUGAGGGAGGCGGGGCACGUGACGGACACGUCGGAGGUGUACUACGACGUGGACCGAGAGUGGAAGGAAGGGGUGGUGUGCCAGCAUAGUGAGAGGCUGGCGAUUGCGUUUGGUUUGAUUAGUACAAAGCCAGGAACGACGCUGAGGAUUGUGAAGAAUUUGAGAGUUUGUGGGAACUGUCACGCUGCGACCAAGAUCAUAUCCAAGAUUUAUAACAGAGAGAUUAUUGCAAGAGAUCGAAGCCGGUUUCAUCAUUUUAAGGAUGGUUAUUGCUCUUGUAAGGACUAUUGGUGAAAAAUUGUACAAUCAGUGUUUGAUGCUAAUAUUACUACUAUUACAUUUUUUCAA